AUGCUAAAUAUUACCAUUAAUGGUAAUGAUAAUGUCAGUGGAUAUGGUAUCACCAACACUGAUAAUUGUGUUAAAGAAGGAGGAGGAGAAGUAGGACUAUGUCUAACUAUAAUCGACGAAAAUAAAAGUAUUGACAAUCACAACAACACUCCUCCUCCUCUUUCUCCAACCACCUCUUCUUCCACUUCUUCAUCAUCAUCCUCUUCCACUAAACCAUCUCCUUUAAAGAAUAAUAAUAAUAAUAAUAAUAAAUAUUAUAGAUUAAUAAAUGAUACAACAACAUUCUUUAGAUCAUGUAGAAUAUUUAGUUUCCUGGGUGUCAUUGUACCAAUAAAUAUAUUUACCUUUUUGUACUCUGUCUCAUUGGAUCAUGGAUCUCUAUUCCAUCAAAUUGGUAACCAUAUUCAUUACAACAAUCCAUCAAAUGAAACAGAUUCCCUAUCCCUAUCCACUUCAUCCUCCUCUUUAAUAGAUUCGUCAUCUCUUCCAUCUAUUGAUAUUAAAUGGAUAAAGAUAUUGGAAUUAUUGGAAUUACCAGUGCUAUGCUUAUUACUAUCUUAUUUUGGACAUUGUAUUGCUUACUUUACCAAUUCCUACAUUGACUAUUUCAGUGGUGUGGAUCGACCAGAGACAUCGUAUGACCGUACUCUGUUUGAUCGUAUAUCGAUUCAAACACUAGUCAGAUACAUCCGAGUGUCAUUUGGUCUAGUCAUUCUAGUCGGCCUGGUCAUCUUGUACGAGUGUAGUCGUCUCGAUCGUCUCUGGCUCAUGCCAUUUGUAUUUGGGUACACACUCAUUCUUUUAAUCGGGUCUCUCUACACACACCUCAAGUAUGUGGCAAUGGGACACAUAGCCUAUGCACUCUAUAUAUUUGCCACGACCACCAUGUACUCGAUGCUCUACACCAAUCAAAUGCCAAACCAAACCUCCAUACUCUACUUUGUCGUCAUUGUCCUCCUCUACCAACUCUCCAUCAUUGGCAAUUAUCAUCGUGACCUUAAAGAAGAUAGUCAAGCCGGUAUCUUAACCAUAUCAAUCCUACUCGGUGAAAAAUAUUCUCUUUACCUAUUAAUAUCAAUUUGUUUAAUAUCACAUAUGUUUAUAGUAUUCCUUUCAAUCUUUACAGGUAAUCUAUGGCUACUACUCUCAUUGUUUACUCUGCCUCUGUUCUCAUUCUUUUUAGCACAAGCUUGGCGUGGUAAUCAUUACUGGUUAAACUAUAAACUUGGUAUUGCAUCUGCAUUAACCAUCAUCUUAUUUGGUCUUGCUAUUGUAUUUCAACUAUUAUAA